AAAAAUAUUACUAUAGAUAAUUUGAUUGAAAAUUGUCGUACAAAAAAAAUGCUGAGCUUGAAUGCAAUGAACCGAGUUCUCGACAACCUUCGCCACCCUCUACUUCCUCUCUCCGCCACACUUCCAUUACCAUUCUUCUCCCAAUUCCCACCAACACGAUUAAUGGAUCCCAACAUGCAUCCCAGCAAUCAACUCCCAGUUGCAUCAUUUUCCACUUCCGCCAAACCUUCCAACGAUUUAGAUCUAUCCACGAAAACAUGCGUGCCCUGCAAUUCCAAGGAAUUGAAACCUAUGACAGAAGAUGCAGCGCAUUCUCUCAUUCCACAGGUUUCUGAGUGGAAUUUGGUAAAUGAAGGUGGUUCUUUGAAACUGACUAGGUCAUGGAAAGUUAAAUCUUUUAACAAAGGAUUGGAAUUUUUUAGAAUUAUAGCUGAUCUUGCUGAUGCUCAAGGUCAUCAUCCUGAUCUUCACCUUGUUGGUUGGAAUAAUGUUACUAUACAGAUUUGGACUCAUUCUGUUGGUGGGCUGACAGAGAAUGACUUCAUACUUGCUGCUAAAAUCAAUGAGCUCAAUGUGCAUGGCUUACUAAGAAGGAAAGCUUCUGACUGAAUCAUCAAUAUGAAGAAGAAAGUGUAAAUAUUCUAGUUAGUAAGUUUUUACUCCAUUUUUUUCAUUUAAAAACAAGUAUUGCCUAGAAUUAUUAUCGUCUGUUCCAAUGAUGUUGUUGUCACUUUUUCAUGCUAGUUGAACUAUACUAAUGUUGUAUUUUUCAUGUGGAAAUGGUUUAAAAAUAAAGAUUCUCGAGCUUAGUUUUUGAUUGAUUGAUAAAACCCUACUACCCACUGCUCACAAGUUUGAGCACGGCAAAAUUGUAAAAAACUAGUUCUCUCCACAUAUAUCAUUGAUGCAAGUCAAUUUUAUUUAUUGAAUCGAAAUUCAGUGGUUGUAACUAUUAUGGAAUCAAAAUGUGAUAAACAAUAUGGUAAUUGUGACCUUUAGAUUGACUUCGAAUUUUGAGGCAAUGGUUUACAUAGAUUGUUAUAUACAUUGCAUUCUCAGUGAAGAGAGAACCUUACCCCACUAAAACAAUUUCUUUCCAAAUCAGACAUAAUUGCUUUUCUUUUCAUGUUAUUGGAUACAAAUGUAUACCAUUCUAGGCAACCAAAAUGGAACAGUGGAAGCAUCCUCUAAUCAACUCUCGGGGUACCAGAUCUAAAUGCAAAACAAAAUUUAGUAUCAUCUCAAACUUGCUUGAAUUUUGUAAGCAAACUAAGCCAGCCUUUCACAGUGUGCAGGUCAGUUCUUCGCAAACCAUUAUUCUUAUUCUGUUUUCACGACAAGUGACUUAAAACCAUCGCUAUUGGUGGUCACAUUGUUGGAUUGCUUUCCCAAAAACAUUCCACCAUACCCAUAUUGUUGCACAACUAGCACAGAUGAGCUCGAACCGAAAUUGUGUGAUGCCAAAAUAUCCCCUAUAACUCCAAGUUCUGGACAGUCGGACCAUUCCAAUAACAUUGAAAAGACCCGAGAGCUCCUACGAUUCCCUUGUCCAACUAUGUAUAAAUCACAACCAAAUUUCUCUAGCUCAUUGAGGACUGUGGGAAUAUCUUCACCUGAAUGGACAUCAAUCUCUGAAUAGGUUAUAGAAUCAUCGCUAUUUACCGCUGUCAGUCUAAAUGAAUUCACACACUCAUCGUCUAACUCCUUCUGCUUCUCACUAUCCAUUACAACAAACAGUAUGCCUUGUGCUUCAGCGUGACUCGAGGUGUCUACUUCUGCAGCUUCAUCAAACUGGAGCAUCCGAACCACUGAUAAUUGGGUUCCUGGGUGCCCCGCCAUCCUCCAUGCAACAGCUAACGCUUCACGGUCGUCAGGACCUCCAACAAAAAUCAUAAGAAUACGAAAGUUCAUUUUCGGUAAUGACCCAAGAUUACGAUCGACAUAGAUUCCCACAGAGCAAGGUGCACUUUGCAUCACAUUCAGAUUUAUAUCUCUGUACGUGACAUUGGUUGUUUCAAGUGCACCUUCUGAGCUUAGUUGUUUGUGGAAUGGAAGGAUAACCAAGCUUGUACGCUUUUCAUUAGCCGUGUUGUAUAUGUCCUCGUGAACGGUUGCAUAGGUUGACACGACAUUUAGGGUUUGAACUCUGAUAGCAUCAUAUGCAUCUCCAAUUGCUUCAAAGGUAUUCUUAAUGUUUUCUAGCUCUUCCUGGGUUCUUGUAAGAUUUUGUGCUCCAGGUUGGUUAUUAAGCUUCUCCAUAUGAGCUGCAACAACUGUAGCCCCACGCCCUGUGAGUUCAACCAGGUAAAGUGCAAAAACGUGUAUAGGUGAAAGUCUAGUGGCAUUGAAAGUUUCAAUGAGACCGAUAACCCCUGUGGCCUGGCGAUUAUUGUGAACACAUGCUAGAAUCCUGAGCUCUGCAUCAAGCCUUAGCUUUUGUAUAGUCUUUAGUUUGUUCUGCUCAAAUCUCUUUCUAGGCUUGUAAAUGGCAUUGAUGGCGGGAGACACCACUACAGUCAUUAAAAGGACUGCAGAGGUUAAAACAGCAUAGCUUGGUACAGAAAGAACCUGCAAUCACACAUAUAACAAAUCAUAGAUUAAAUUGCUAUCAUUUUGAUUUGUGAGCAAUUGAAAUAGAGUAAAUAAAAAGUUUGAAGUAGAUUAGUACUGAUCUAUCCCAAGCAGUGUUGAGCAUUAUCAAUGCAAUGGCACCCUUGGUAUUGAGAAGCAAUCCUAGAGCAAAACCAUCUUUAGAUUUCAUGCCAAAAAAGAAUGUGGCAAACAAAGUGCUUAAAAUCUUUGGAACACACAACAAUAAUAUAACCACAAGUGUAUAGGGCCAAUUUGGCUGGGCGAAGAUGCUUUUCACCAUGAGUCUCAUUCCGGUGCCACUAAAGUAACAUGGCGCCAACAUUGCGCCGCCAAAAUCGUCAGUGUAUGACGCUACCAUGUCAGCAAAUUUACCAUGAGGUAAAAUCAACCCAAAAAUAAAAGCCCCAACAAUGUCAUGUGUGCCAAGAACAUCUGUUAUGUGUGCGCAAAGAAAAAGCCCCAUAAUCACAUAGAGUAAUUGGCCUUCAUCCCAUUCAUCCCUCUCCAUCUUGCGAUCAAUAACUUUCACAACGAUAGGACGCACCACAAAGAUGCAAAUGAUAGCAAAUAUUAUAGUGCUUAUCACUGAGUAUAUUGCUGCUAGACCAUUAAUUGAAAAUGGAACAAACAAUGUGAAUAAAAUCCAAGCAUAUGUGUCACUGAUCAUAGAUGCUGUUAAUGCAGCCCUACCAAGACCAGUAUAAAGAA